GCUCCAAUCCAAGACAGGGCUGGAUCGGAGAGGAGCUUGCGUCAGGAAAAAUCAAUCUCUAUCGUUUGAGCUGUGCCAAGGCAGCUGACAUCGGGGAAACGGACCGAUUUGAGAUUGAGUGAGAUGUGUGAGUGAGCCUGCAUAUCCUCCUUAGAUGCGGAAUAGGACAGUCAUCAUCUGAACAUUCCGUGAGCCAAGUGAAGCGGCAGCACUACUGUCAGACUGUCCGUGAGGAGACCUGAGUGGGAGAUACCUCAGUAACACUCGUUCAGAACCACACCCUCCAACACAUGAGGCUGGAUUAACAAGAGGAAACCACCCUCACCUACACUCUAAGGUCGCUUCUGUCACCAAGUUCGUGACAGAAUUACAGUUCUGUGUUGUUUUUUCUCCAACCGCCAAAAUUUCGUUCAACACGUUUAAAGAUAAUUUCUCCACGGGCAUGAACUUCCUGAAAAGGAGGUUCAGCUCGGGAGAUCUACAAGGAGAACUACGGGAUGAAGACUUCAUCCCUCCCGUGGCACCACGGAAAGGCCCCUCGCCAAGUGCCCCAAGCUCGCCCUCAAAGACAACAUCAGCGCCUGGUAUUGGAAGGGGUUUUUUCUCGGCAAAUAAACCCACAUACAACCGUGAUAGGUGCAAGACCCUGCUUGUCAUUGAUGACUGUCAUACAGAUUGGUCAAAAUACUUUCGAGGCAAAAAGAUAUUUGGAGACUGGGAUAUACGAGUAGAACAGGCUGAAUUUGCUGAAAUAAACCUUGCUGCCUACACUGACUCAGGAUGUAUGGUUGAUAUUCAAGUGAACAGAAAUGGGACUAAAGUUGUCAGAUCAUUCAAACCUGACUUCCUGCUAGUGAGACAACAUGUCCGAGAUGCACAUGAGGACUGGAGGAACCUGUUGCUAGGCUUCCAAUAUGGCGGAGUGCCUAGUGUUAAUGCCCUCCACUCUCAGUACCAGUUCUUGGACAAGCCAUGGGUGUUUGCCCAUUUGAUAAUGAUACAGAAAAGGCUGGGAAAGGAGAUGUUUCCACUGAUUGAGCAAGCUUACUACCCUAACCACAAGGAAAUGGUGAGUAACCUCUGGCUUAUAACUCCAAAGUUCCCGGUGGUUGUGAAAAUAGGCCACGCCCACUCCGGCCUGGGGAAGGUGAAGAUAGACUCUCCUCAUUCAUUUCAAGAUAUAGCAAGCGUGGUGGCGGUCACUAGAUCAUAUGCCACUACUGAGCAGUUUAUUGAAGGCAAAUACGAUAUCCAUGUUCAGAAAAUUGGAAACAAUUACAAAGCCUACUUGAGGAAGUCAAUAUCAGGGAACUGGAAGGCCAACACAGGAUCAGCCAUGUUAGAACAGAUCGCCAUGAAUGAGAGAUUCAAGACAUGGGCAGACGAAUGUGCAGAAAUGUUUGGAGGGCUUGACAUGGUGGCUGUGGGAGCAAUACAAGGCAAGGAUGGGAAAGAGUACAUCAUUGAGGUGAAUGGAUCAUCCAUGACGCUGCUGGGAGAGACGCAGGAGGAGGACCGCAGACACAUAGCCGAGCUGGUUCUCGGCAAGAUGCAGAUCUAUUGUCGACCCACUCCAACAAUGAGCAAGACGUCAAGUACAGGAGGAUUAAUGCACUAUGCCAUGAAUGGCAGCCAGGACCGCAUGGGUCCCAACCAACCGAUGUCACAGCAACAACAGCAGAUGCAACAGAAUCAGAUGUCCCAGAUGCCAGGCAACAACCCACAGGGGAAUCCUGCCAAUGCUAGAGGACCAGGAAUGAUGCCAAUCGGAGGUCAAGGUCAGACGGGCCCCUCCCCCAUGCCCUUGCCCCAGGUCGGACGCAACCAGAGCAUGGAUGAAGAGGACACUAUGAGGAAUUUGAGGAAGACAUUUGCAGGAAUCUUCGGUGACAUGUAAGAAAAACACCUAGUAUUACACGGAAGUAUGUCAGAAGUCCAUCGGGCAUACAUGAAGCAAGGCCCUAGACAUCAACUGUGUCACAUUUAUGCUGCAACAGUUCUGCAACAGUGCUGCAACAGAGCUACACCUAAACUGCAACAGGACUACAACAGUGCUGAAAUAGGUCUGUAACAGGGUUGUAACGAGGCUGUGAAAUGGCUCUGGCAGCCGUACAACAACCCUCCCUAUAGCAGUGCUGAAACAUAAGCGCUGAAGUGCUGAUGUACACCGGAACAGCUCUGUAAUAGCACUGCUCCAGAACCGUCACAGUCCUGCAAUACCGCUGCAUCCCAACCUGCAGAAUCCCGUCUUCAGUAUAACAGUUGUGUUAGACUAGCAUAUAUUACAGAUAUCAUGUAGUCAUUUAGUCAAGGGAUAUCUUCAAAGGUUUUAUCUUUUCAAAUAUUUUUUUCAUCUAGAACCCUUGUGAUCACUUCAUGAUGAUGCAAACAAACUGUGGUCAGUUUCCGCUUAUGUUGAUGAAUGCAAAGGCGUGGGAUGAAAAUAUUUAUUUGAAAACUGAACUUUGGGGAACCCGUGAACCACGAGCUGAUCGUGUAGUGUAGGACCUCUACUGUUUUGAAAUUGUUGAAAGAUGUAAUCUUUACUUUGGGACUGUCUCAGUCUUUGUAGAAUUGAUCAAUAUAUGUCAACAUUCCAUAUGGAUUAAUCUACUCUGCCACUUUUACUGGGUUUCUCCCAAUCUUGCUGUUUCUCUACUGUAACCUGUUACAGCUUAUUUGUUACAGAAUUCAAAUUCUAAAUCGCAUCUUUGAAGGAAAUUAUCCUUUUGCCUGUAAAUAUAAAACCAACGGUUCCUGCUGUGCUACAUCUUGUAUGUUCUUUCCCGGUAUCGGGGAAUGUUGUAAAUGUCACGCAAUAGUGGGGUGAUUCCAUUGUGAUAGUGACGUGAUAUUAUCGCGAUAAUGCAUCGAAAGUGCCGCGAUAAUAACAAGAUAGUGCCGCAUUUGUGGCAGAAAUUUGUUGGGAAAGUACUUAUGAAAUGUAUGCACGUAGCUAAUCAGACACUGUGGUAGAUGAUCAUGUGAUACCAUUCAACCUAUAAAUAGGAUUUUGUUGAUUCCUCAAAGCUCAAGUUAGCUCAAAUAUAUUUACAAUACGUCAGUUCAGCCAAGAUCACCAGCAUGUAUGGAUGGCUUAUUUAUACUUGUGGAUGUGUCCGUUAGAGGAAUACAUUCUUGAUCAAGGUGCUUCAACUGAGGUUUAUUUGAACUAGAAUUGUUAUGUCUUAACUGUGAGAGUUUAGAUGAAGAUGUGCUGAAGUAGGUCGACAUAUUGUGUAGGCGUACACUAGCUCCAGAUGUGUGUAGAUGCUGCCAGUGUUGUACAUGACGCUGGUGAGAACCAGUUAAUACUAAAACCACACCCUACCUGGGACAUAUCUCAUGUUUUGCAGUAGGAAAUGGAGGUUCAUAUUUCUUGGGUCAUUGUGAUUUCUUCUUUGUAAAAUCUUAUUUAUUCUUAAGAUUCAUCAAAUUAAUGUAACGUCUUGUUCUAUGGAUUUUCUUCAACAUUAAAUACGCCGAGUGGCAGGAGAUAAACAUACUGGUUUGAGAAAAUAUGAUUUCAAACACAUCUAAAUGAAUUAUCUAAUACCUUCUGUAGAUGAGGCACAUCACUGAAACAAGGAAAUUGCUAAGGUAGCUUUAUGUCCAAAAAAAUGUGAAGAGUCUUCUCUAUUGCAGUAAAUUAAAGAAGUUGUUAUCUAUAAAUUGCGUCAACUUCUAAGAAAUGCCUAUCAAUUAGGAGUCUUCUGCCAAACCUUAAAUGAUAGAAACAGUUACUGUGCUGAAAGCUAAUAAAAUUGAUCAUUUUAGGAAUAUAAAUAUUAUUAAUACUGGUAUUAUUUUAUAUUUUGACUGCUGAUUAAAAUUCAAUUUAUGAUUUUUAUAUUGGUCAGUUUUGUGACGUAUUGAACAAUGUCAAUAUGUUUUAAGAGUAUCAUGCAUCUAAAAUCAUAUUAAUUAACAGUUCUAGUUUCUUGACUGAUAGGCAUGGUGUAGACUUAUACCAUUAUUUGAUUAAAUUUGAUCCUAUGUUAAGCAUUGACCAAUCAGAAAUCGCCCAUAUUAUAAAACAUGUUGAUAACAGUAGAUCAGGGGAGCUAACUCUUGAACAACCAUGCUGUAGUAGGAUAAUUAGUAAAGGACAGUGUGUUGAAGGGUUCAAACCUACCAAAUGACAAAUAUCAUUUAUGAAAUAAAAUUGUUCUUUUUUAUUUACAUUAGUAUACUGUACUGAUCCCAGCAGUGUAUAUAAACAGAUGCCAAUCUUUGCUCAUAGAUCUUAUGUAGAAGUUGACUAGGGAUAGAUAUAUGCAACAUAGAUACGUCAAUUAUUUGCAUUCAAAGUUGUAUAUUAUGAUUCCAGAUAUUUUGUAUAUAUUUGUGUGGUCAUGUGCAUUUUAUUUCAUAUGUCAUCUUUUCAUAAUCAAAUAACAUGAUGAUUUCUUAUCUCCUUAUGUAGUUGUAGACAGCAGAGGGUGUAACAGUAGAAGCUGAUGUGAGAUUAAAUACCAUUGGUGUUAUUAACACACUACAUAGGUGUUGUCAUUUUAAUAAUACAUGUGUAAAUUAGCAGUAAUUUGUAUUCAUUUCCUAUUUUUAGUGGAACCUUUGCAAUAAAAUAUUUUUUUCCAAAUGUUUAGUGAAAUCAAAAAAUUCUAAACUCUCGCUACAUGUGUAGGUCCUGUUAGAGAAAUUGUUCACUUGAGAAUAAAUUUUCUUAUUUAUCUCCGUAUCAGUAAUCAACAUUCUAAGGUUUAAAAGAAGUUAGUUCCAGCAUUAGCAUGAAAAUUUGCCUUUUUGCUUUCAAAUUUGAAAAUGUUUCUUCACCUUUUUCAUAACUUUUUUUUUUUUUAAGUGUAAAACUGAAAUUAAACACCUUAAUGCAGACUUUCAUCACUGAACCAUAUGUACAAAGUAUUAGAAACCUUAUAGCCAAAUUUGCUGAUUUUUUUUGGGUCAUAAAACAAAAAUGAAAUACAGCCAUGUAUUACAAUACAAAUAAUAAUCAGCAUGUGUAAACAGUGUUACAGGUGUUAACUGCAAGUUUCAUUUUCAUCCUACAUCUCCAUAAAGUUCAAGGUCAGUAGCCACAGAUAACUCCAUACCCAGUACCACUUCCCCAUCCAUAAUGCAUCAAACAUUUCUGCUGCUGGAAACAAACAAAAUGUGUAUAUGAAGAUACACCAACAUAUAGAGUAACAUACAAGCCCUGGAGAAAUAACUUCAAUAUAUUUCUGUAUCAUUUAGUUACAACUUUUUUGCAAAUAACUUGAAAAUCUAUUUAUGAACUGAAUUUGAAGGCUUGGUUGUGUUAUAUCACUAUUUAUGUCUUAUUAAAGUUUAGAUAACUGAAUAAGGUGAUUACCCUACGACUUUUGCGCCUCUAGAUAUUUGAUUUCUAGCUGUCCAGUUGACAAGGGAUGCAAACAUGGGACCAAUUUUCAUUUGAACUUUGUGUAAAUAAGGAAAGUUGGUGUCAACGAUUGACGAUAAUGAUAAAUGUUCUGUUUGUGUGUCAGGUGUAAUUUUAAUAACUGAAUGUGUUAAUAAUGCUUUUUAUAGCUCCAUGUAUGCAUAAGUACUUUAUUAGUGAUUGAGUGCUUUUUUAUUGUGUUAAUGCAUCAAAAAUUUGCUUUAAAAGUGUUCCUUGGCGUCAUUUGUGCGAUGUUCCCUAGUCUCCUCCUAGAGUAUGCAAAGCAUUCCACUUGAAGUGUUCCUGGAACGCAGGGUGUUCCUGCAGUGCAAGGUGUUCCUACAAUGCUGUAGUGCCAUAUAUUCACAGCAUUAGUUACGAUUGUAGCUUCCAGAUGUAGUUUUAGAUUAAAUCAGACAGGAUUAUCCCAAGUUUGAUCCAGAUUAAGCCCUAUAAUGACACCAUUUUUUGUUGCAGUUGAUUCUGAGCCAGGAAUUCACUGGCUAUUCUGAACACUCAUUUUAAUGAGGAAAAAACAGACACAACUAUAGUUAAUUAUGCAAAUUAUUUGGAUUAUAUAUCAACUAUGACAUGGUGUAAUUCGGAAAAAAUCACUUGAAUCUUUUGAUGAGGAAGUAGAAUCAACUCAGCCUUGGGUCUCGUUGAUUCUAUUUCUGGAAUCAAGAGAUUCUCAUGACUUCUCUGUUACAUAUAUAGUAUAUGUCUCAUCAAAGACACUGCACUGUGCUGAUUGACUAUCUGUAAUAAUAUUUAGGCGUGACAUGAUACAGAGUGUGUGUUUGCAGUUAUAUGCUUUCAACAUAUUCUUUUCCCAUCACAAUCCAUCCUCAGGUCUUCAGGGGUAUGCAUUCACCAUGUUGCUGGUGUCUACAGAUCUGUGAAGUAUUGAGGAAGGUCAGUCACAAUCACAUUGAAUAUACCGUAUUCGAAGUAAUAAGCGGCCAGGGCGCUCUCAAAAUUAGAAAUGGGGGGCUCUUAUUAGAAUAAAAUUUUGGUGAGAAAACAAUACAGAGUUGAAAGAUCGUAAAUUUCGUGAUUUAUGGUGACAGCCUGAAAAGAAACAAAAGAAAAGUCAAUGCGUAUUAUACACGACAGAUAUAUUUUCCAGAAUUUAAUUGCCCAUAAUUAAGUGUGCAUAUAACACACGAGUGCAUAUUAUACACGAAUAAAUAAGUGUUCAUUGAUCAAUCGGAAGGGGUGCUAAUUGGGAUUGUUCACUAGCCAAUAUAUUAGCAAAUAUUGCCAUGGGUGCUUAUUAGAGCUAGGCGCUUAUUACGUCGAAUACGGUAUAUACAAACUGAAAGAAAAAAUGAAUAGGAUAUUCAUGGUGUUCGAUUCAGCACAUCACAAUUCAAAUUAACUUUAUUGGAGAUGUGUGUGUCAUGCUCUGUUGUUUGGAGGAUUGUAUCUAGUGUUUUCCACAGCUUGAUAGAGUGAACCUUUUGUACAUAACUUGUUAUCAUUGUUGCUUUGUUAUUGUAAAAUAUAUACAUAUCUACAGUUUGUAUAAUUAUUUUUUUUUUUGGGAUUAUCAUACUUUUGUUAUGUAUAUGUUUACUGUUUUACAAUCAGAGAACAAUCUGAAUAAAUAAGGUCACACAAUAGAUUGAAUAUAAUAUACAUAUUUGUGAUGAGACAUUCCUGAAACAAAUACUUAUCCAUCUUGGGACAACAUGUACAAGCACGGUACUGAAACUGGAAAAAGCAUUUACAUUCCCUUCAAAGGUCAAAAGAUCUGCAAGUAAUUGAUAUCAAAUAUAUGAUGCCCUUGUUUUAUUUAAUUUGUAUGCUGUUUACAUAAAAUAUGUUUCAUAUAACUUCUUAUCUCAGAUGUAAUUCCUUUUGUUUAAAUAUUGACAGUAUUGUUUAGAUUUAUGCAGUUUCCAUCCACUUGACAGGUAAACACAGACAACUAUUCUGUGUGUAGGUUUAGAACAUUCCCUGUGAUGAAAUGUGAUGUGCUACCAUGUGUUUCAAUGCUAUACGGUAUAAGGAGUUUGAAGGUGUCAAGUUUCGUUACUUAUUUACAGGCUGUUGUCAUACAGCUGGAAUAUUGCUGAGUGUGGCAUUAUACAGCAAACAAACAACACAAAACCACAUCACCUCCUCUCAACUCAACAUCACCCACAAGAGAUUACACUAUUAACUGUCCUGUCUAUACAAGCAUUCACACAUGUCAGCCACAAGAGAUCACACUAUUAACUGUCCUGUCUAUACAAGCAUUCACACAUGUCAGCCACAAGAGAUUACACUACUAACUGUCCUGUCUAUACAGGCAUUCACACAUGUCAGCCACAAGAGAUUACACUAUUAACUGUCCUGUCGAUACAAGCAUUCACACAUGUCAGCCACAAGAGAUUACACUAUUAACUGUCCUGUCUAUACAAGUAUUCACACACGUCAGCCACAAGAGAUUACACUAUUAACUGUCCUGUCUAUACAAGCAUUCACACAUGUCAGCCACAAGAGAUUACACUACUAACUGUCCUGUCUAUACAGGCAUUCACACAUGUCAGCCACAAGAGAUCACACUACUAACUGUCCUGUCUAUACAAGCAUUCACACAUGUCAGCCACAAGAGAUUACACUAUUAACUGUCCUGUCUAUACAAGCAUUCACACAUGUCAGCCACAAGAGAUCACACUAUUAACUGUCCUGUCUAUACAAGCAUUCACACAUGUCAGCCACAAGAGAUUACACUACUAACUGUCCUGUCUAUACAAGCAUUCACACAUGUCAGCCACAAGAGAUCACACUACUAACUGUCCUGUCUAGACAAGCAUUCACACAUGUCAGCCACAAGAGAUCACACUAUUAACUGUCCUGUCUAUACAAGCAUUCACACAUGUCAGCCACAAGAGAUUACACUAUUAACUGUCCUGUCUAUACAAGCAUUCACACAUGUCAGCCACAAGAGAUUACACUAUUAACUGUCCUGUCUAUACAAGCAUUCACACAUGUCAGCCACAAGAGAUUACACCAUUAACUGUCCUGUCUAUACAAGCAUUCACACAUGUCAGCCACAAGAGAUUACACUAUUAACUGUCCUGUCUAUACACACAUUCACAUGUUAUAAUAAACUCAAGUUUGAUUACAUCAAUUACAAUAAGCACACAUAGGGAAGAUGCAGAUUAACAAGAGAUGAAUAUUGUCAUCAUUUAUUAAAGCUAGUCCUUUUAUCACAUUGGCAUUGUCCAGGCCAAACUACUUAUUCCAUGUAUAUUUGGUGUUUCCUAUGUGAUAACAUCCUAAGAUGUUGGUGUUCAGUGAUGUUCACAUAGUGACUCUCACACAGCUUUAUGAUCAAACAUUGUAUACUUUUACUGAGAGAAUGUUAGCCCUUGAAACUUUGAUGAAGGUCACACCUGAGGACUACUUAACACUGGGACUGCCCUGCUCAAUAACAAUGUGGUACACUACUAUAUCAUAAGCAUGUCCUGCCUCACUGGUGACUCUGGUCACAAAUACAUGCAAGACAAGUCAAGUGUUGACCUGUACAAACACAGAACAUUUGUACAAGUCAAAAUUGGGAAUUGCAUUGGAUAUCAUUUUGGUCACUAAUGCAUCAAAUUUGGUAGUGUCCCCCAAUUGUCUACCAUUUUGAAAGUUUUACUGAGACCUUGUAUGCUGCAACUACUUAAUAGUAUUAAUCUUAAUGUUUUUCAAAGUUUAUUAUGAGUCCCAAUACAAAACCAAAAAUGAAUUUACAAUAACAUUAUAAGGUAUCCAAAGUAAAUUAGAGGUUAGAUUUACAUUCUUGGGCUAAUAUUUUGACAAAAUAGUUUGACCAACGGCAACAUUUUACAGCUGGGUUGAAACAGUGAUGAAAAGUAUAUGCAUGGAUCACUGAAGGUUUGAGGGGCGGUCAGGUAGCCCAGUGGUUCAAGCCUUUGCUCAUCACGCCAAAGACCCGGGUUCGAUUCCCGACAUGAGUACAAUGUGUAAAGGCCCAUUUCUGGUGUCCCCCGCCGUGAUAUUGCUGGAAUAUUGCUGGAAUAUUGCUAAAAGCGGCGUAAAACCCCAUUCACUCACUCACUGAAGGUUGGUGAUGACACCGGGUGUUCAAUAGUAUGGGAAUGCUUACAGGCAAGGCUUACAGUGUAAGGUCAUGAGAGAUGUGCGAGGGCAUGACAUAAGUGCAUGACAUCAUGACAUCACUCUCAGUGUAUGAUCACUGUUAUUGUUCUCCAUGUGAUCAAUGUUGGCUUAUAGUCCCCCACCAUUAUUUGUAUAUAAUAGGUUUACGACGAGCUCACAGUGCCACUGGCGCAAGGAUGUUGUGUUUUUGAGUUUUAUGCUAGACUGUUACACAAAGCAGCCGUUUCUGUUACCAAGUGUGUUGAACUUGAAAUGACAAAUAUUUACCCAGUAAAGAUCCAACGUGGAGAUCAAUAGCAAAUGUGAACACAGCCAUAAUAUUGGUGAACCAACACCACACUGAGAUUAACAUGGGGCUCCCAUGCCUGUUUAUGUUGAAAAUGUAUUUGUUUAUGAUUUGUACGUACCUACCUAUUAGUAUUAAGACUUUAUUUAACAUUCCACUUUCAACUAGUUAGCGAUUUCAAAAUCAGUGUUUUAUUUUGAUUAAAAGUUUUAAAUCAUAGUGACAGUAUUACAAUUUUGAUACACACAUUUAAUUAGUUCUGAAUGGAAUUAUUCCAUAUUUUGCUUGGUACUAGAGAUCAAGUAGAGUUGUAUAUGUUGUGUCCAAGAGAGCAUAUUUGUUCUAUGUUAGGCAAUCACGUUGCUGGGGCUCUCUCCAUGCCCUCCAAGGCGAGCAGGUUCGCCAAUAUACUGUAUCUUCACUACCAUCGCUGAAAAUAUUUGCCAUGGAAAGAGGUUAAGACGUUGACACCGAAUACGGAAAAUAAAUCAUUUCUUCUUA